CCUUCACACUUCCGUCCGAACAAAUGCUCCGUCCUAAGUCCCUCGCCGCUGGCGAACAAGGCGCACCAGCCGCGAAACCAAGAUUACUCGGCACACCCGCGUCCGCCGACCGCCUGCACAAGCCCUUCAGAUGCCCCGGCUCUGCUACCUCGACACGCACGACAGAGAAACCUGCGCGGAAAAGGCGGAAGGUCAAUUACGCGGGUGCCGACGGUGAGAACGAAGAAGGCGAUAAACCCUACUCGAACGAUGAUCGGCUGGCCCUUGCCACUCGGGAUGUUAACAGGUUUCCGGUGUUCAAGCCAAAGGACAAAGACACGGCUUUUAAGACGAAGUUCAUCGUCCCAUUGAAGAACAAGGAUGUUCGAGGUUACAAUGCGUUCCGUCCAGCACCAUUGCUAGGCAUGCGGCAAGGCAGAGUGUUCGUAGCGCGCCCGUUGCACGACCCUAGCGGAGAGUUCGCCAUCGUGCUGUACGAUCCCACAGUCGACGACAAACCGAUAGCAAAAGAAGUGGCAGAGCCUAAGUUAAGUCAGGAGGAGAAGAAGUCCAUGGACGAACCAUUGGUGCAUAAGAGUUUGGCAGAGAUUCUGGGCCUGAAGAAGAAGGUUGAUGACGACAGGCCACGAGUGCCCGUCGUCAUAGACCCACGACUUGCAAAGGUCCUCCGACCACAUCAGGUUGAGGGAGUAAAGUUUUUGUAUCGCGCUGUAACGGGCAUGAUCGACCCGAAAGCGAACGGGUGCAUCAUGGCCGACGAAAUGGGUCUUGGAAAGACGCUGCAGUGCAUCACGCUCAUGUGGACGUUGCUGAAACAGGCACCAGAUGCUGGAAAGUCUACGAUUCAGAAGUGCGUGAUAGCAUGUCCUUCCAGUCUGGUUCGAAAUUGGGCAAAUGAGCUCGUAAAAUGGCUAGGCCCGGACGCAAUUACGCCGUUUGCCAUCGACGGCAAAGCAUCUAAAGAAGAGUUGAUCCAGCAGAUUAAACAAUGGAGUAUCGCAUCAGGGCGAUCCGUUGUGCGACCCGUCCUGAUUGUUUCCUACGAGACCCUACGAAUCAACGCUGAAGAGCUUGCGCAAACACCAAUUGGUCUCUUGCUCUGCGACGAAGGCCAUCGAUUGAAGAACGGCGAGAGUCAGACUUUCACAGCUCUCACUGGACUCAACGUACAGAGACGAGUCAUCCUUUCUGGCACGCCCAUUCAGAAUGAUCUAUCGGAAUACUUUGCGCUACUCAACUUCGCAAAUCCGAACUAUCUUGGCACCAGGAACGAUUUCCGCAAGCAGUUCGAAAACCCUAUUUUGCGAGGCCGUGACGCCGAUGCCACAGAUCUGGACCGCAAGAAGGGCGACGAGCGUCUCGCCGAGCUGCUCAAUCUCGUGAACAAAUUUAUCAUCCGACGAACAAACGAUAUCCUUUCCAAAUACCUACCUGUCAAGUACGAGCACGUCGUCUUCUGCAACCUAGCGCCGUUCCAGAAGGACCUGUACAAUCACUUCAUCGCCUCCCCUGAGAUUCGCUCUCUGCUGCGCGGCAAAGGUUCGCAGCCGCUCAAGGCGAUCGGCAUGCUCAAGAAGCUGUGUAAUCAUCCCGACCUACUCGACCUACCAACCGAUCUUCCAGGAUGCGAGGACUUCCUGCCAGAAGACUUCGUCCCCAAAGACGCCCGAGGCCGCGACCGCGAAGUCAAAGUAUGGUACUCUGGAAAGAUGCUGGUUCUGGACCGCAUGCUCGCAUCCAUCCGCGCAAACACCAACGACAAGAUCGUACUCAUCUCUAACUACACGCAAACCCUCGACGUCUUCGCCGCACUGUGUCGCUCCCGCAACUACGGUUGCCUCCGCCUCGACGGCACCAUGAACGUCUCCAAGCGCCAAAAGCUCGUCGACAAAUUCAACGACCCCGAAGGCCCCGAAUUCGUGUUCCUCCUGUCCUCAAAAGCCGGCGGCUGCGGUCUUAACCUCAUCGGCGCCAACCGACUGGUCCUCUUCGACCCCGACUGGAACCCCGCCGCCGACCAGCAAGCCCUCGCUCGCGUGUGGCGCGACGGCCAAAAGAAAGACUGCUUCGUCUACCGCUUUAUCGCGACUGGCACCAUCGAAGAAAAAAUCUUCCAACGGCAGUCGCAUAAGCAGUCGCUGUCCUCAUGCGUCGUCGACGCAUCCGAGGACGUAGAGCGCCAUUUCUCUCUCGAUAGCUUGCGCGAGCUGUUCCAGUACCGCGCGGACACUACCAGCGACACGCAUGACACGUUCAAGUGCAAGCGGUGCAGGAAGGAGGAUGGGCGACAGGUGCUCAAAGCACCGGCGAUGCUGUAUGGCGACACGAGUACGUGGAAUCACAUGGUCAAUGAUGGGGAGACGGGGCCGUUGGGGAAGAUUCAGGAUCUGUUGCUUAGGCAGGAGGUCGCAGAGAAGGAGGUUAGUGCGGUAUUUCAGUAUAUCAGUCAUUGAGUUGGCUACGGGGAUGGCUACGGCUAGGAGAUAUGCUUGGAUGGGCGGAUUCUUUACGCGUGGGUGUUGCAUCGUGGAGGCAUUUUGGAAAGGUGAUCUUUUAGCGUUCAUUGUUUGUUUACGUACUUCAUGUCUGAUGUGUCAUGUCUCAUUUGAGGCUUUUCUUUGGUUUCGAGUCAUGGUUUGGCGGAAGGUAGCGGAGUCUUGUUCUGUCUCGGGUAGCCUUGUCUUGUGCAUUGCGCUUCAGGAAUUUUGCAUCGCGGUGGAGCAGGGUUGCGUUGCGGUAUAAAGACAUGAG